CCGAAAGCUGGGUCCUCGCGGCGCGGGCCCGAGGCCCGAGGCCGGCCUCCCAGCGCGCAGCCCGGACCCGCGUGGCCGUCCCGCCGGGCCCCAGCGCCGGGCGCCCCGCCUUUCCGGGCCGACGGCGGCCAUGGCGGCCAGACAGAUCCCGGCGUGGGCACGCGCCGCGCUCAGGACGCAACCGCAAGCAGCUCUGCCUCCGAAACUUCUCUGGGUCGGGGGAGGGUUCCGACGGCACCUCUGCUUAACCCUCUGCUCCGCUUCUAAAGAAGACCGCGGACGCUCCAGGCGCUGCUCGCAAGGCGGACUAGAGGGAGCGGCGAGCAGUCGGGAGAGUGAAGAGUUAACGGCGGCCGAGAGGCGGAUCGCAGACCUGCACGCCGCCGCGUGCGCGGCUGGCCAGCUAAACUACACGGAUCCAGCCACUGGCUAUCUGGUGCUUACACGGCUUGCCCACUUGCAGAGAGGCAAAUGCUGCGGGUCUGCCUGCAGACACUGUCCAUAUGGUCAAGUCAAUGUUAAGGAUCCAUCGAAAAGGAAGAAAUUCAAUUCAUAUUUUUAUGUUUGACAACAAUUUCUUCUCUGUUCUCCAUCUUAUUGAGCCUGUAUUUAGAAAAAAAAAAAAAAAAAAAAAAAAAAAAAAAAAAAAA